AUGCAUCUGAGUCUUGGUAUCCUUCGGAUCCUCCUCCUUCAGACGGUCUUUGACAACGACAUGAUCAGAGCUGCAGCCAUGAAAGCCACCGCAGACACUGCAUUUCGCCUGUCCGGGCUCGGUGCCGGAGGCGCAGGCGCAGGCCAUAUCCUGGUCGGCCAGAGUAUCCCCGUCCGGCCUGACGCCGGCGCACACGACAAGGGCACCCCCCGCGAGGCCUGGGGCCUCAAGUCCGGUCUCUACACGCCCCGCCAACUGGUCGAAGGGUUUGCGCCGCUGCUGGACACGGUCGUUUUCCGUCUGGGCCCCGAUCCACCGAAUGCCAGACCGGCGCGGGCCCAACUGCUCGACAACCUGGCCGCCAAUCUCGACACCAACACCCGCGAAGCCACCCUGCACUUCCCCGACACCGACCUCGAUGACUCCCGCCAGGAGAUCGCCGAGCAGGCGAGACGCAUCGGACGCACGCUCGUCCAGUACGCGCGCAACCACACGGGCGGCCCGUUCAAUCCCGACCUCUACCUGCGCAGCCCCUGCGAGGGCCAUCUCCUCAUCCCGCCCAACGUCGACCUGAUGUUCGGCCGCCGCAGCCAGUCGCAUCUGAUGCAGCUGUUCAACGAGUACAUGCACCAGAUGGUCCUCCUGCGGGACGCCCUGCUGCCGUUCAAGAACUACGAGGACGUGGUCAUCCCCGUCGACGGCCGCGCCGCGCGAGGCAUCCGGCAUCUCGAGCCAUCCCGGGCGGAGUUCCUCACCCACCUCCUGACCAAGGAGGUCACCCAAUCGGCCAUCAUCAAACACGCCCAGGCUCUCCUCGCCCCGGGCCUCCUCUCGCGCUCCAGCCUGACGUCCCCAAAGGCUAGCCCCGGCUACGGCUUCCAGUACGCCCACGGCCUAGUCCUGCCCGCUUUCCUGGCCGGCGGUCCGACUCCGUUCCAUCUGCUCCAGUAUCUCCCCGCCAAGCUGGUCGACGACGCCCCCACCGACGUCGUCUUCGACUACCGCAUCCAGGACUACUAUCUCGCGCCUCGCGUCGAGAUCCCCGCCGGCACCGAGAAGUCUCCGGCCGCAGGAAUGGGAUACCCCUUGGCCAACGGCUGGGGCACACCGGCCCUAGCCGUGCAGAGCACCAGCAUCGGAGUCGUUCCCCCAACCCCGUCGUCCCAGACAGUCCGGCAGCUGGACCUGCAACUCCAGCUCGAGAACGGCCAGUGCGUCGCCGUCGAUCUGGGACAGGUGGCGCGCGGCCAUCGCUACGCCUACCAGGCAUCCAAGGCCAGCGAGUCCGCGGCCUCCACCAACGGGAGUAAGACCAGCGGCACGGCCCCCGUAGUCCACGUCCACGUCCACGACGCGGCCUCCGUCCUCCUGGAGACCGGAGGCGACGGCGACGGCCUCGUGACGGCGCAGAAUGGCGGGCUGCAUGUGAUCCCCGUGCAGGACCCCGUCGUUGCGCUGGCGCUUCUGGGGAAGCUCUACCCGGGGAACGUGGUCCUUCUGCCGGAGUCGGAGGACCUGGCGCAGGCCGAGAAGGCCGGGAAGGGGCUGGAGCCGAAGUUUGUGCUUUGGGGCGGCGUGGAGCGUGGUGGGUUCCGGGGGAAGUUUUAG